CCCCACCUGCCCUGGGUGGUUCUCUAAAUCCUGCCCUACAAAGCAGUUUGGCAAGGUCUGGCAAGCUCUUUGUUCCCCUCAAGUCCUAAAUCACGGCCGCAAUCUUCUAGUUUUCGUAAAGACUCACGUAAUGAAACUUUGUCGUGAAUAUUUUGGAAAAACUGACCCGCCCCUGGUGAGCUAAGGAAGCCCUGCCUGCGACCAGCUCCAUCGGAGUGGCUGCGUUGUGAAAUUGGCUCCAGCAUUCCCCACGAGCCCCGUUCCAGCUGUCGCAUCGUUUAUAGACCAAACAAGUACGGGCAAGCUCCGCGUGGUGGCUGUAUGGCACACGUGGUGACAGCUGGCUUGGGUUUAACCUCCGAGCCUUUGAAGAAGCGUCCCAGUUCUGUUUCUGUCCCAGCUCCCUUCCAGAGGAGGGGAAUGUCCAGAAAUACAACCCGUGGCGUGCUUCUCAUCCCUCCACGCAGAAAACAAGCUUGGAUUUCUCCCAGCAGACCUGUCACAGGGGUGACAAAGUCGAACAGAAGCCUGCUGGGGCAAAUGCUGGCACUCCUGAGUACCGGCACAGCGGCUGGGUAUGGGUGGAAUAAUUGACACUCGCUAUUGUCUGCCUACUAAUUAAAAACUUCUGCUCCUAGGCUGGGUUACACGUUCCUUUUAUUUUGGAACUGAGUGAGAGGGAUCUGUAAAAACGCUGCUCCCUUCAAGAGGGGAGUUUCGUGCUGUCCCCCACAGCCCUUGGCAGGGACGGUGCUGCUAACGCAGUGCCUCUGCUCUCACUUUUCCGUGCUGGGGACCAGCACAGGGAGGGGUUCCCAGGCCAGUGCAAGAGGGUGGGCAAUGCAGGCUGGCUGCAAGCUCCGCCUAACUGCAGCCUGAGAGGUGGGAGCCCCCUGACAGCCUUCGGGAGCUUUUCUUUGCUCCUAGGCGAGAGACCCGCACGUGAGCAGAGGGGCAUUCGAUUCCGAAGCAAACGCCCUGUGUCCAGGAGUAUGCAGGGACCUGUGCGGUAGCUGUUCUCCUUUGGACCUUGAAAGAAUUUGGAGCAUCUGGUACCAGACAUUGCCCUUGCAAAAUGAACCAGCUUCCUCCGAAGAGUCCUUUGGUAUCCCCGUUGUCAGAGAGCGUCACUUCCAGGGUAGAUUCUUUGGACAACUUGUCAAUGGACAGUUUUUGGCUGGAAGUAGAGAACAUUAAACAGAGCACUGAAGCCGAGCAAGAGGAAUGCAGCCUUGCAGAUGUCAAAGCACAAGAGGAGGGAGAAGCUGAAGCUGAGUGGCUCCAGGACGCGGGCCUGUCAGACCUCAUCAAGGACCAUGCCUCUGAAAAUGACAACGUGGUGCUGCUCUCCACCCUGACGAAGACCCAGGCCGCUGCUGUGCAGCGAAGGUUAGAUACCUACUCCCGGUCUCGGAGGAGGAAGAACAAGCAUCCUGUGCGUGAUGUUCGAGACAUUUUUGGAGUGGUCGGCUCUGGGGAGACAGUAACCGAGAAAGAGGAGUCCAGCCCAGAUCAGUUGUGGCACAAUCUACGGACUUCAAAUGUUCAGAAACCAGAAACCCAGGAUUACUCCUGCACAGUUCGAAACUCUGGAAAAGAGGAGGUGUUCAACAUGGACAUUGCCUACUCAGAGCAAGCAGCUGUCCUACUCAAAGGAUCAUUCCUGUCUGAAUCCAGGAGAAUAAUGGAUGGAAACACUCUAACUAAAUUUAAAAUCUACAAGGGCAGACUGGGAGUGACCAGGGUUGGAGAUCUAUCUGCUCAGGACAUGAAGAAGAUCCCCACACUGGCCUUUAUUGAACUAACAGCUCUUUGUGAUGUUCUAGGCUUUGAGCUGAAGAGAAACAAGGCAGCAAAAUUGAAAACAACAGAGAAAAAACUCUUUGGAGUUCCACUCAACACUCUGCUGGAAAAUGACCAAAAACUGCUUCCCAACACUAAGGUCCCUCUGUUACUCCAGGCACUGCUAUCUUGUUUGGAAAAGAGAGGACUUGAAACAGAGGGCAUUUUGAGAGUUUCUGGGUCCCAGACUAGAAUCAAGAGUCUGGAACAGAAAUUAGAAAGGGACUUCUAUACUGGCCUGUUCCGCUGGGAUGAAGUUCACCAGAACGAUGUAUCUGGGCUACUGAAAAGAUUCAUAAGAGAGCUGCCUGCCCCUCUGCUGACAGCAGAAUAUCUUCCUGCUUUUGCUGCUGUACAAAAUAUUCCAGACCUGAAGCAAAGACUGCAAGCUCUGAACCUCCUGAUCUUGAUCCUGCCUGAGCCUAACAGAAACACGCUAAAGGCUCUACUUGAAUUUCUCAGCAAAGUGGUUGCCAGGGAGAACAACAACAAAAUGAAUCUCUGGAACGUUUCCACAGUCAUGGCCCCAAACCUGUUCAUGCACAAAGGCCUGCCAAACAAGAUCCCCGAAGGGAAGGAGAAACAGCUAGCAGAGGGGGCAGCUGACGUUGUGCGGAUGAUGAUCCACUAUCAGGAUUUGCUUUGGACAGUCUCCUCUUUUCUGGUAGCUCAAGUGAGGAAACUCAAUGAGAGCAAUAGUAAAAGGUACCAGUUCUGUGACAAACGGAUAAAAAAUUUGUUGCGGAAGAUUCAUGCUGAUAAAGACAAGGUGGAAAAGAACCAGGCAGAGCCUUCCAAGGUUGUGAAAGUCCAUGCUUCACUUCUCCUGAAGGAUACACUAGAGGUGCAUCUGAACAAUGCAACCAGAGUUGCUGAUGUCUUGAGGCAGUUUCAGAAGAACUUGUGCCAGAAUGGCUGGAAUAUUGUUAACACAGUCAACCUCCUCAAGUGUAACAACUCAACGGAGUGCACAAACUUGCUCCUGUAUGAAGUGGGAGGCAAUAUUGGUGAACGUUGCCUGGACCCAGACACUUACCUCUUAGACUUGUAUCAUAUCAAUCCACAUGCUGAGUGGAUAAUUAAGCAAAACCCAUCGUAUCCUCGGAUGUUCUAAGAGAGCAUGAACAAAAAGUUUGGUUGAAGCUUUUGGAAGGCAAGAGGAAGCCAUGAAGAUGUUCCCUAUAUAGUUACAAACUGGACAAUGUUUGUGUCUUUGAAGGAGAAAAAAUUUAUUUACUACUUCCAUGACAGCUGGCUGUGAGUACAAUAGCCCACAUGUAAACAGGGGAGUUGAUAAACAGCACCAAUUAUCCUUACGUAGCCGAAUUUGCAGGGAUUAUUCUUAAAAAGAAUAAAAGACCCUAAAACACCCUGCAAACAAAGCUACAGCAAUUAUACAACAAAGAUGGAAUGUAAGACAAGAAACAUCUCUUGAAGUUGGUAGAACACGUUUGUUUCUUCUGGAUUUGCUGUUCUUUGAUCACAUCCACGUUUUGGAGGAGAGACAGUUACAUGCUACAGCGGUACUAAUCCUCUUGGUAAGAUCCGCCAUUCACUGUUGCACAUUACCAGAAGAAGCUGUGAUCCUGGGUUUCAGUAAUAAGAUGCUGUUACUUCCUCUGAAGAAUGAAAAGGGAUGCUUCCAAAAAGGCCAGAUGGGAUGCGAAGCUGACAUCUUGCAUUUAAUGGCUACAAUUAAAAACAUAUAUUCAACACAAGAAAAAAAUGCAGGCGUUUAUUUUGCUGGAAAACCUAUGUAUCAACAGUUAACCAAGGAAAUACUCUGAAGUGAAUUUGAGGUUAGUAAUCUGACCUGGAAGGCUCUGUGUGAAUAUGACUGUUAAAAACAAAACAAGAACCCUAAGAUGUGCAGUGGCUCAAAUAAGAGGUCUGUGCCUAUAUCUGUCUGGUCCCUACAGUGGGUACUAAAUUGAGCUCUUUACCACUCCGACCACACGUUUUCAUCCUGCAGAGCAUGGUGGCUGUGGUCUGAAGAGUCCAGGGGAGAGUGGAGCACUUGCACCGUGCAUUAUUACAUAACCAACAUCUGACCUCAGUUCAAAUGAGACUUUGCUUGUGGAAGAGGAGUGCAGAAAUAUUUUCUUUUGCAGUGAUGCUGAAAUACCUCACAUGAGGGAACCUACUAUGCAGUUACAAGUGGUGGAACAUGCACCUUCUGAAAACCCUGACAUUUUUUAUACUGUUUUUAAACACUGUUGGAUAUUUAUUCAUGUGGCAGAAGCAGGGCUGCCCUGCAAGUGUAUACUCAAAGUAUUUCAUUUGCCAAGUCCUAGCUGCACUAGUGACAAGCUCUCCAGUAUUAUUUCUGAUGUUUAACUGAAUUCAUUUCCACUGCAGUCUGAACUUUCCCUCCCCUGUUGUGCCCCCUCCACCCUCAUUUUGUUUGGCUAUCCCUAUUCAUUUUCUGAAAGUCCUGAUUUGUAUUGUAAGAGCACUUCAUUCUGUAGUUUGUCUGCGUGGUUAAAUUCUCUUGGUGAAAUAAGAUCCUUGAGAAACAGGUGAGCCAUAGGAUGUGUUCUUUCUAACCUGCUGUGAAUAUGGUAUGAGUGAUGCUGAAGUUGUGAAAUUAUGCAUAUUUUAGUCUACUUUUUUUUGGUUGAGAUGUUGCAGAUGCACUGAUUCAAGGGGUUAUCUUCAUAGUUAUCUUUUUAAGAACCUGUAAUGGUGUGUGUGGGGGAAAAAAAAUCAACCCAGAACCCCAGAAUCAAGACCUCUUGAGAUUACUUUUUUAAUAGGGCUUUAAAUUGUGCCUACCAGGGCCUAAUUGUUGCCCUUUAGGAUGGGUGCUCUGCGUCUCUUAAAAGAUAAAGCUGCUUUAAAAUUGGGCAUUAAAAAUCAAAGGUACCUAUUCACUCAUCACUUCUGGAAAUCUUUGUUGCAGUGUUGGAGCUUAGCAAAGGGCAAACGCCAGAGAUGUCAUUCUCUGAGAAAUACCUAACUCACCAAGGUGUUUGUAGGAAAGACUGAAGAAUCUGUUCUAGUUCAAAGGUGCUUUGUAAGCAAAAUUACAUCUCUACCAAUCACAAAACACUGCAUUUUCCUCCACCAGUUGUGUGCUAGGGUUUUUUUAAUGUAUUAGGUGAAGAAUGCUACAUUGCUGUUUCUGUGAACGAGAAUUUUUUGUCUUUUUUCUGAACGCCAAACAAUGUGAAUCAGAGCUGUGAAAAACAGGCUUGGAGAAUCUCACAAUACAAAUACCAGUUCUCAAAUAUGACAGAUAAUGUAAGAAAAAAAAUCUCUUUCCAGAUGAUGGCUGUACUUUUUUUUCCCAAACUUUGUACCAAAGAACAAGUAUGAAUUUUGAACAGUCACUGAUGUGCAACCUGCUUCUGGAUGUUGGCUUUUAAUAACUUUUUUUUACAAAUUUUUAAUUCUGUAUUUAAAAUUCAUUUAAUCAAUGAGACAAUAAAAAUAUGGUCACACU